AUGGCUGGGAGAAACGAUGUUGCAAUUGCUGCUGCUUUGGAGGUUAUGGCUCAAGCUCUGGAACAUCAACCUAAUGCUGGUGAGGAUGCUGGGUCUCGCAGUUUGGCUACUUUCCAGAGGGAGAACCCUCCGUUCUUCAAAGGCAAGCAUGACCCUGAUGGAGCCUUAGAGUGGUUGAAAGAGAUCGAGAUGAUCUUUCGUGUAAUGGAUUGUACUCAGGCACAGAAAGUCCGCUAUGGGACGCAUAUGCUAGCAGUCGAAGCUGAUGACUGGUGGCUAGCAACACGUCAGAGACUAGAAGCUGCAGGUGAAGAGAUCACUUGGGAUGUGUUCCGAAGGGAAUUUCUGAGAAAGUAUUAUCCUGAGAGCGUCCGUGGUAAGAAGGAAAUUGAGUUCCACGAAUUGAAACAAGGGAACAUGUCAGUGACUGACUAUGCUGCUAAGUUCACUGAAUUGGCCAAAUUUUAUCCGUACUAUGAUGGAGAGGGCGCAGAGUUUUCAAAAUGCGUUAAGUUUGAAAAUGGGUUACGCUCUGAGAUCAAGAAGGCUAUAGGGUAUCAGCAGAUCCGCGUUUUCCCUAACUUGGUAGACAGCUGCAGAAUCUUUGAGGAAGAUAAUGCUGCUCACUAUAAGAUUGUCAGUGAUAGAAGAGGCAGGCAGAAUCAGCAACGUGGCAAGCCUUAUGACACUCCAGCUGGAAAGGGCAAACAGAGAGCUGCUCCGGGCCAGAGAACAAGUGGGGGAGGUGCUCCUGCUCCGAUUGUGUGUUUUAAGUGUGGGAAGGCUGGUCAUAAGAGUACUUACUGCACUGAUGACGUUAAGAAGUGUUUUCGUUGUGGCAAGACUGGUCAUAUGAUGUCUGAAUGUAGACAUAAAGAAGUGGUGUGUUUUAAUUGCGGCGAAGAAGGACAUAUUGGAAGUCAGUUUCAGAAACAAAAGAAGGCACAAGCUGGUGGUAAGGUGUUCGCAUUGGCUGGUACUCAGACAAACACUGAGGACAGACUCAUUAGAGUUGAGGUUCCCGCUAAAGGAUCUGUGACUACAUCUCUUGUUUGUUUGAAGUGUCCGCUGUCGAUCUUCGGCAGGGACUUUGAUGUUGAUUUAGUAUGUUUACCGUUAGCCGGGCUAGACGUAAUUUUGGGAAUGAACUGGUUAGAAUAUAACUAUGCUCAUAUCAAUUGUUAUAACAAGACUGUGAGAUUUUCAACUGCCGAAGAAGAAGAAGCUGGUUUAGUGUCGUCUAAGCAGGUACGACAAUUGCUGAAGGAAGAAGUAGAGAUGUUCUCGUUGAUGGAAACAUUGUCAAUCGAGAAUCAGAACAUCAUCGAUGAGUUACCGGUGGUAAGUGAAUUCCCUGAAGUUUUUCCCGAUGAGAUUCCUGAUGUGCCGCCAGAAAGAGGAAUUGAGUUUACGAUUGAUCUUGUACCUGUUAUGCCAUUUGGUGUUACGAAUGCGCCAGGAGUAUUCAUGGAGUAUAUGAAUCGUAUUUUCCAUGAGUAUUUAGAUCAGUUUGUCAUGGUGUUCAUAGACGACAUUUUGAUAUAUUCUAAAUCAGAGCAAGAGCAUUCCGAUCAUUUGAAGACAAUAUUGCAAGUGUUGAAAGAAAGGAAAUUGUUGAGUUAUCAUCCCGGUAAGGCAAAUGUUGUGGCUGAUGCCUUAAGCCGGAAAACCUUGCACAUGUCGGCUAUGAUGGUUAAAGAAUUAGAACUGAUUGAACAAUUCCGAGAUAUGAGCUUGAUUUGUGAAGUGACCCCGCAAAGUGUUAAGUUGGGAAUGCUCAAAAUUGAUGAUGACUUUCUGAACAGUAUCAGAGAGGCUCAGAAAUUGGAUGUGAAAAUGGUGGACAUUAUAGUUGGUUGUGGCAAAUCCGAGAAGAGUGAUUUUAAGGUGGACGUGCAAGGAGUGUUGAGAUUGCAGGAUUGA